UCUCCCCUCCCCCGUCUCUCGAUAUCUCGAUCGGCUGUUCCUUCCUGCUAAGUUUUAGUGCCGAAACAGAAGGACCAAAGAAGAAGAAGAAGAAGAGGGGAAAGAAGGUUGAGAGGUAUGGUGGUGUCGUGUCGGGACUCAGCCCAUGGGACUUAAAGAGCUUCGCGAUCUUUCAUGUUCUGGGUUUUGACUCGAACGCGAGAACUCAGUCUUCCAGGAGGUGUCCAGUUGAAGGGACAGGGGAAAUAGGAGCACGAAGGGUUUUGAACGCAGUUCUUCUCUGAUCCUGUAGUGUAUAUACGUUUGGGAGUAAAGAAAAAAAAAUUGAGAGAGAGAGAGCAAAGAUGUUUGGAGAUUGCCAGGUGAUGUCAUCCAUGGGAGGGACUGGUAUUUCCGCCGAGUCCCUCUUCUCGUCGCCGAUCCGAAACUCUAACUUUGACUUCAUGUCGAGCUUGCCCUUCAACGCCUUCGCUCCGCUCAUUCCUAAAGAAGAAGAGAUUAAUGGAAUGCUGGGAGGGAGCAGCAACAGCAAGGAGGAGAUGGUGGACAGUGGAGGGUCCGGGAGCGAGCAUUUCCUGGAAGAGAAGUCGUCGGCGAACGAGCUGUUAGAUCAAGACGGCGGCGGCGAUCAAGAUCAGCCUCCGAACAAGAAGAAGCGUUACCAUCGACACACCGCUCGCCAGAUCCAAGAAAUGGAAGCAUUGUUUAAGGAAUGCCCUCAUCCAGACGACAAGCAGAGGAUGAGGCUGAGCCAGGAGCUAGGGCUCAAGCCUCGCCAGGUCAAGUUCUGGUUCCAAAACCGGCGAACCCAAAUGAAGGCACAGCAAGACCGAGCUGACAAUGUGAUCCUGAGGGCCGAGAAUGAUAACCUGAAGAACGAGAAUUACAGGCUUCAAGCGGCCUUGCGGAACAUAGUGUGUCCUAACUGUGGCGGCCCGGGGAUGCUAGGAGAGAUGGGCUUUGACGAGCAGCAGCUUCGCAUUGAAAAUGCUCGACUCAAGGAGGAGCUGGAACGUGUGUGCUGUCUCGCUUCACGGUACAGCGGCCAGCAUAUGCAAUCAAUUCCACCAAUGUCUCUUUUUCAGCCAUCGCUCGACUUGGAGAUGACCAUCUACCCACCGAGGCAUUUCCCGGAACCCAUGUCCUCUUGCUCAGACAUGAUCAUGCCCAUGCCUUUGCUGCCGCAAGACAGUCCGCACCACAUGGCCGAAAACGGUGGCCUCAUAUUAAUGGAAGACGAGAAAUCGCUCGCCCUAGAGCUCGCCAUGUCCUCUGUGGAGGAACUCUCCAAAAUGUGCUUCACAGCCGAGCCCCUUUGGGUGCGGAGCGGCAAGAGCGGCAAGGUAGUGCUCAAUUUCGAGGAGCAUGCACGGUUGUUCCCGUGGCGGUUGGACAGUGAUCACAAGCAACCCUCGGACGAGCUUAGGAAAGAAGCUAGUAGAGACAGUGCUGUUGUUAUAAUGAAUAGCAUCACUCUGGUUGAUGCGUUCUUGGAUGCUAGCAAGUGGAUGGAAUUGUUUCCCACCAUUGUUUCUAGGGCAAAAACUAUGCAAGUCAUAGCAUCAGGCGUCUCAGGUCAUGCAAAUGGCUCUCUUCACCUGAUGUACGCGGAAUUGCAAGUUCUUUCGCCGAUGGUACCGACACGGGAGACAUACUUCCUUCGUUAUUGCCAGCAAAAUGUGGAGGAGGGAAGUUGGGCGAUCGUCGAUUUUCCCAUGGACAGCCUACACGACAAUCUCGCUCCGCCGCCUUCCUUCCCCAGAUACAUAAGACGGCCUUCAGGUUGCGUCAUUCAAGACAUGCCCAAUGGCUACUCAAGGGUGACCUGGGUCGAGCAUGCGGAGAUAGAGGAGAAAGCGGGACACCCGCUGUUUAGUCAGUUUGCGAAGUGCGGAGGGGCAUUCGGAGCGCAUCGGUGGUUGGCGGUCUUGCAAAGACAGUGCGAGCGGGUCGCGAGCCUCAUGGCCAGAAACAUAUCCGAUCUAGGAGUGAUACCAUCUCCGGAGGCGAGGAAGAACCUGAUGAGGUUGGCUCAGAGGAUGAUAAGGACAUUCAGCUCCAACAUCAGCACCUCCGGCGGCCAAUCGUGGACGGCGCUGUCGGACUCCUCGGACAACACCAUCCGCAUCACCACCAGGAAAGUCACCGAGCCGGGUCAGCCCAACGGCGUCGUCCUUGCUGCCGUCUCCACCACCUGGCUCCCCUACCCUCACCACCAUGUCUUCGAACUCCUGAAGGACGAACGCCGCCGAUCUCAGCUGGAUGUGCUUUCAAAUGGGAAUUCUUUGCAGGAGGUGGCUCACAUUGCGAAUGGUUCUCACCCUGGAAAUUGCAUCUCGCUCCUUCGCAUCAAUGUGGCGAGCAACUCAUCGCAACACGUGGAGCUAAUGCUGCAGGAGAGCUGCACCGACGCCUCCGGCAGCCUCGUCGUCUACUCCACCAUCGACGUCGACUCCAUCCAGCUCGCCAUGAACGGGGAGGACCCUUCCCGCCUCCCUCUCCUCCCUACUGGCUUCUCCAUCGUCCCCUUCGGACCAGGUUCGCCCGGAUCCGACUCCGGCGCUGACGACAACCCCGGGCCGGACGCCUGUCCUCAAGUCGACGGGUGCCUCCUGACAGUGGGGCUCCAGGUCCUGGCCAGCACGAUCUCGACGGCCAAGCUCAGCCUCUCCAGCGUCACCGCCAUCAACAACCACCUCUGCACGGCGGUCCACCAAAUCACCGCCGCCCUCGCCAGCAUCUCCGGCAGUGGAAGUUCUCCCCCAGCCCCUGGCAUCGGUGCCGAGCCGGCGGUGGGUCCGUGCCCCGACCCUACCGAUGCUAAGCAAAUCAGUGCUUAGCUUAUCACCGUGGAGUUACCCAAAAAUCUCCCCCUCAAGGAUCGGAUAGACAAAAAGGAUUGAAUUUUAGCAUGAAAAGAGAGGGGGAACAGACAUUAAGGGUAACUACAACUACUCGGGGAUUGGCAGCAGCUAAGGUAAGUAAAGAAUAAAGGAGAUUAGAUGGGUUAAGGAGCGAAGAAGGUUCAUGUCCAUGUCCCAUUAUGUUGGUUUCCUUUUUGGAGAGACUAAUGUUGUUGAACUUAGGGGUGGUGUAGUAGCAGCAGCAGCAGCAGGUGUUUGUAGUAGGAGACUUAAGUUUGAAAAGUGGGGUGGUAAGCAGGAGUCAAGAGCGCACCAGAGAUUGACCCCCGUCGUGUUCUUGCUCCGUGGUGAGGCGAGGCGUGUUGGGUGGGUGGGGGGAUUGAAUGCCCCCGCCUUCCCUUUGCCCUUGGGCCUCCUUACCAGUUGAGCAAACUGGGGGUGGUUGGUUCGGGAAUUGACUCCUGUCGGCCCAUUCCGGCUUUCGUGCUUUCAAUUCAAUGCGAUUUCAAUGCUCUUCUGAA